CGGAAGAAAGAAGGGUUGAGCGCGCGCUUCUUCCUUGGGGAGCCUUUCGGGAGCUGGGACGCGGCGUGGUGACGGGGGGGGGGGCGGAAUUUACCGGAAUGUGUGGAUGGGUUGAUGGGAAGUAGGCGAAGGUUUCUUCCUGCCGGGAUGCAAAACCGUAUUUGCUUUCGAAGGAGAGGGCGUAUUUUCCGCCGAAUAGAGCUUUGCGGUAGAAACGCGAAGAAUCGCGCUUAAGCUGAACGGAUCUCCAGAGGAUUCGAGCACAGAAAGGAUCUGUUUAGCAAUGAUGAAUGCAGAUAUGGAUGCUGUUGAGACUGAAAAUCAAGUAGAACUAGAAGAAAAAACACGACUUAUUAAUCAGGUUUUGGAACUGCAGCAUACACUUGAAGAUCUGUCUGCAAGAGUAGAUGCUGUUAAAGAAGAAAAUUUGAAACUGAAAUCAGAAAAUCAAGUUCUUGGACAAUAUAUAGAAAAUCUCAUGUCUGCCUCUAGUGUUUUUCAGACUACUGACACAAAAAGCAAACGAAAAUAAGGCGCUGGUAACCAAACUAUACUAUUGUAUUGCUGCUGCUUUUGUUUAAUUUUAAAUUGCCUAAGUCUACAUAAUACUCUAGUUUGUAUCAUCAUUGAAGAUCUGAAGAUUUAAUGGUAGUUCUAGACAUUUUAAUUUUUUUAAUGAACUGGACAGUGCAAAUCUGUAAUGUCAGCUUUCAGCAAGAUAGCAUAGAGAUAUUUAUUACUAGCACAGUCUGAAUACAAGUGCUUUUGAAAAUCAAUUCUGCUUUUAUGGUUAAUGUCAUACAUGGUCAAGUACUUUAACUAUCAUAGUUUUUAUAGUAAUAUUAUUUGCUAUAUAUAGCAAAAUAAUGCAGUGUUGUGCAGAGUGGUAUGAAAAUACAUAUUUGGAAUAAGUUAUUUGCAUGAUUUCUCUUUGUCCCCAAAAAAGUUGAACAUUCUCCAUCUCGUUUGCAUCUUUCUUCAUGAAAAUCUGUGCCAAUUCUUCUAGAAAAGACAAAUGGAGUCUUUUGGAGACGGAGGGUAAUUCUUUAACACGGGGAUAUAGUAAUAUAAUGUAUUGCUUGCAAAAUUGUAAAGAGGAAAAAGAACACUCCAAAACUUGGCAUACCACUCUCCAAAAUAAAUAAAUUAUAAUUUUUAAAAUGUCUUAAACUUCCUUUCACUUAUUGGGCCAUUAUAGUGCUGCAAUUGAUUUAAGUAGGUCCACGUUACAGAACACUUACUUGCAUGGUAAUAUUUAUCAGUUGUGAUAAUACAAGCUUAGGAGAAAUAAUCUUGUAAGCAGUUAAUAGAUAUAUUGAAGAAUUUUCACUAGUAAUAGGUAUACCUUUUCUGCGUAAUUCCUAUUAACUUACAACCACAUUUUAGCCCCCACAGAUGUUUUGCUUUUCAGUAUCCAAAUGAAGUUAGGGUUUUUCAAGCACGCAGAUCUCUACAAAAAUAUUAGCUGUUACAGAGAGGUACCAAAUUCUCUGAUACAAUUCAAUCAGUUAAUUGUAGUAAGGCUUAUAUAUACUAGUUUUCCAGGAUAAGCAAGCAACUUAAUUAGAUGCAGGUAUAUGCACAAUGAAUACCUGUGAAUAUACACAGUAAUGCUGUUAAGAAAUUAUGUAAUGUUCAUUAAAGGUGAGCUGUAGGGAGUCAUUUUACUUUUGCAGAUUGAACAUGCUUUCCUUGGUCUGAUGUCACGUAACUGUGUUGAUAUUGCAAAGAAUGAGAGUUGCAGUCCCAAUGGACUUGGAAGAAGCAAUAAUUAGGUUUUUAGGAGGGUAUGUGGAAUGGAAUGGCUUCUAAUUUGAUCUGGUUCUAAUGUUGUUUGGGAUUUUCUUGCCAGUUUCCUUAAUAGAAGCAUAAGGAUGAUUCAGUUUCUAUCCUAAGCAAUAGUCUGUUUUGUAGGCAGAAUAGUAUUUCUGUUUUGGGGGGGACAUAAGUGGUAGUAGCCAAGGGUUCAACAGCAGUAUUAUCAUAAUUGAUACUUGUGUAAUAGGCCUGAAAGAGAUAGGAAGUCUCUUUUAGUGAACUAUGUCCACCUUUAAUGCUUUUUUUCCUCCCUGAGGAAUCCCAGUAGGAAAGAUUCUAGAAUAUUUGUUUGCACUAUUCUAUAAGGAAUGUGUGUUUAAAACUAGUUUCACUUGCCCCAUUUCCAUUGAUCUUGUAGUAAGUCAAACAACUUGCUGAACUAGCAGUUUUCCUAUUCCCUUUCCCUCUAUAGGUGCAAUGCACGUGCAACGUUUCAGGUUCAAAAUCAAACAUUUGGACUGUGCAGGGACACAGCUGAUGGGUGAUUAACUGCCAUCUUACCACUUGGUGAAAUGCAUGGGGAUUCCUCAGUCUCUUCUCUUUCUACACCACUUCAGACAUUUGAGAAAAAUGGGAAUGAGAAAGGAAACAGCUUGUGAAUGGCUGUGAGUUAAUGCAGAACAAGCCAGGAAUCAUCUAGUCCUAGGACCACAUGAUCAAGAGACCUGAAUUAACAGACUUUCAGUAAUUUAGCAGAGACAGGAGAUUAUUUAGAACUGACCAUGAGAUGCCUGCAAUCUGCAAGUCACUGGUAUUUGCAGCUCCAAUGGCAAAGAUUAGUGAGCAUUAGUGACAGAACAAAAGCAAAGAACUAUUUGACAAGCACCCAUUUGUUCACAGGAAUUGUUUCUACCCAGUUUCAGACCAACUCAAACAGCUAGCAGUGUGAGAAGGUGCCAUCUAAAUAUGACUGUUAAUGUGAUACUGAGUUUUAAUGUCCUAGAUGUGAUUGUUACUGUGAACAAACCCACUACUGGGGCUUAUGUUCAAAAAUGUGCUGUUAUCUCAGAAUUUACACUAAAUAAAAACUUUUAAAGUUUA